AUGCCUCCGAGGAAAGUAGUUCGCGAAGUGUUUCUAAUAGAUGGUAAGUUCGAAAAAUACAAGACUUCGCUCUCGACUUCGAGCAGACUCUUGCUGCUGAGAGGAGCCCACCAAAUUCCUCACCAGAUUCCACUUAUUUCUCCCGAACCGACGGUCUGUCCUGAGAAUCCUCCCCCAGGGCAUCCGUCUGAAGAAGACAGAUUUUCUCUAUCACUGAACGAUCUCCUUCAGCUAUACGCAGUUAAGAAAGGGCGAACAAAGGGAACAUUUUUCUUGUCACCUCGGAAAGGUUUCCGAGUUUUCGAUGACUUCCCAGAUAAAGAUGAACAAUGGAGAAAAUCAUACUUCUUCUUUCCAGUGAAUGAUCUUACUUAUGGAAACAAGACUGGCUUAUUUGUAUCUGAAUGGGCAGCUCGCACCGAUCUAGGUUGGGAGUCCUUGACCAUAGAUAGAAUUCGAGCUUCAGGUCGGAGAAUCAGAUCCCGAACUGACCUUGCCGUAUCUUCGCCUCCUUUCUGUCCACGAAUAAUCGACAAAGCCGACAUGUCUCUCCCUUCGUCCCGCCAGACGACCAACAAGGCUUCGGUGUCAGCUGGGAAAAAACCUGAAACCCCCACUUCGGGCUCUGGAAAGACUAUUAAGGACCCCGCUGGAAAAGACUCCGAGAAGCGGGCUGCUGAUAAGAAAAGGAAGCAACCCGAAGAGACUAACCCCUCCCCACCUCGCUCUUCCCGCCCUCGCCAUGAGGAAAAGGGAGCGAAGUUGAAGGGGAUUGUGAAGGAAGCCCCUCAGAACCUGGUGGUUCUGUCUUCUCGGGAAUCUGAAACCUGCGAAUCGGAACGUCGCAACGUCCCUCUUCCAGCUCCUCCAAUGACUUUUGCGGAUACAAUGAGGACUCUCGUUCCGCCUGGUUCUGCCAUAGCUCCUUUUGACGAGAUGAAAGAAGUCAACAAGGAAAACUAUCUUCGCUUUGCCAGAAAACUUGGCAAGUUAAUCCUAGAGUUCAACUCCGUUUUCUGCAGUCACGAGGACCAACUCUUUGACAAGGAUGUUGAAAUUGAGAGUUUCAAGCGAAGUGAAGAUGAAAAUGCCAAGGCCGUGGAGAAAGCCAAUAAAGUCAUGAACCGGAUGAAAGCAGCCGAACUGCAGGUCCAAAAGCUUGAAGUGAACAAUAUCGAUCUGACCGCGAAGCUCAAGGCCGGGAAGAAUGCCUAUCUCGACGCAAUCGAGAAAGAGACUCAAGCUCGAGCCGACCUCAGAACUUGCAAAGAGAAGAUGAAGAAAAUGGAAGAGGAGCAAGCCGAAAUGAUUGUCGCAGCGAGGACGGACGAAAGGAGGAAAGUGCGGGCUCAAUUCCAUGACUUCUCUUCGAAGUACGGGAAUUUCUUCAAAGAAUCGGAAGAGGUCGAGACCCUCAAAGUUCGGGUUGCGGAGGCCAAAGCGAACAGAGAGUUGCUUGAGGAAAUUGAGAAGGGAGAAAUUCCUGAUCUUUCAAAGGAGCUUGAAUCAGUCCGGGCUGAUGAGGAGAAGUUCGCUAGACAUGCUGCGGAGCCGAAGACUCCUCGUCCCGACCCGACUGAACUCACUUCGCUCCUCGCCGACACGCCAUCGGAGGUAGCUGCGGAGAGUAUUCCUCCUGCCGAGGUGGCGAUUAUCGACGAGGGAGGCUCUAACAAGGGCUCCACCUCCGAAGCAGGGAUAGCGGCCAUGUUCCCGGUUGACGUCGAGAAGGACUCCGGCAAGACGGAGUAA